AUGGACCGGCGAUUUUUUCGAAUAAAACUCAAUCCAUCCCUGAACACACCGACGAAGACGAUCUACUUCAAUCUGCUUGAUUUAUAUCCGGCGGCCCUGCAUUGGCGUUUGGCGGCGGCUGUGAUGACGCACCCUCGCAGCUGGGCAACGAUCGAUGUAUCGAAUUUCCUGCCAAGUGCUGAGAGAACGCGGUUUUACGAGGAAUAUGUCCAGGAGCGUUUUGAUUUUGGCGCAGCGGCGGCGCCGGAGGAUUGGAAAAUUCAGAAUUCAACAAACACCCAGGAUGCCUGCAAAUCUGUCCAGCCCCAGAAGACGUUGCAGAAAAUGUUUUCAAAGAUUCUGACCUGUCAUCCGUUUGGUAGAAGUGAUAUUGAAUACACGGAAGACUUACUCGGGCAAUUCGAUGAAAUUGAGAGACACUCGAAUUGGGUGAGACAACAACCUGAAGGAAGUGGUGAAGUCGAAGAAGAGACUGUUUCGGAAACGUUUGAAGCGUUUGAAAAACGUUAUUUGAAUGGGCCCGUGAUCUUUUCGCCAAAUGCUGCCCAAUUCGUUCCGUACCAAGACAAAAGUGACGAUCUGCUUAAAUCUGUGUUCGGGUCCGAGCAGAGAUCAGCAGUCAAACCAGAAGCGGACAAUCACCAAAACAACAACUAUGAGGAGCUAAAAGACGCAUUCCUUCUCUGGGCCACUGGGCGUGGGUUCAAUGCGUCGACUUCGGAAGCCCGUCGAAAGGACGUCAGGGGAUUCAUCAGAUCUCUAUACGGGAUGGACCGAGAGGCAGCUACGCAGAAACUUGCCGAAAAAGUGGCAAGUAUUGAAACGGAAACUUUACCGUCACAAUUUUGCAUUCUGGACCAAUUGAAAUCGUCUGCUUAUUUGAGCCCCGAUAAGUUUAUGCCACCGUUUCGCGUCGUAAUUGGAGAUCUGCAGUUGGCGUACAACAACGCAAAUAUCUGUCGUUACCUCGCCGAGGGUGGCUAUGAUGUCGCUGAAAAGGGAGCCUUCGACUUUAUCGAUAAAAUAACGGUCGUGAAGUUUGCCGAAAUCUACGAAAACUUGCGCCUCAGAAUUUCCGCCGGGACAUGGUUUGGCACGGUGCGUCGCAUCAGGGAAGAUACGCAUCAUCUGAAGAUCGAUGAAUCGAGUUUGUUGCCGAGUGACGAGCGAUCCAAGUUCUAUAAGGAUUUUGCUGCGGAGCGCCAUCGAUUUCUCAUUGGAUUGGUGCGGGAACUAGAAUUAUAUCGUUUUAAUUUCACAAAUGCAUUAAGCUGCUGGAAGUUGGCGCAACCGCAGAAAACGCUGGCGAAAAUGUUCGACAAGAUCCUCAAUUGCCAGCCAUUUGGAAAGACAUUUGGUGCUGCCCAAGAGCGCCUUGCCCAAGCCGAGAACCGACAGAAAGACGGAUAUGAAGAGCUGAAAGACAAAUAUGUGCGUUGGGCCACAACUCGUGGUUUGAACAACAGCGAUUCAGAGGAGCGCCAGAAUGGAGCAAGAGUUUUUGUAAAAUCGUUCUAUGGCAUGGAACGAUCAGACGUCUUGAAGAAACUUUCAGAAAAGGUGGCAGUAAUUGAAAAAGAAUCACCGCCCUCCGAAUUUUGCAUUAUGGACCAACUCAAAUCUGCGUAUUAUUUGCAGCCCGAGAAGUUUAUGCUCCUUACCCGAGUAUUAUUACAGGAUCUACAAACUGUCUACAACAACGCGAAUAUCUGCCGGCGCUUCAGCGAGGCGGGCUAUGACGUCGCCGAGGAGGGCGCUUUCGACAAUAUCGAUAAAAUGGCGAUUGAUACCUUUACGGGAAUCUAUAAAAAUAUGCGCGCGCGAUUGGACUACCUGGACGCUUUGCGAGAGAAUGGACGUCAU